ACGCGAAGGCGAAAACUGAAAACUGAAUUUCUUGUCGCUGAGCUGAGCCGAGUCUUCUUCCUCUCCUCCUCCUCCUCCUCCUCCUCUCUUCUCUCCUCCUCCUCCUCCCUACUCCUAUAGUAUUCGCCAUGGCCUCCACCGGCUCUGCCACCACCGUCGUCGAGUCCCCGAAGGUCUACAAAACCGCCCUCGGCGAAGACUUCGUCCCGCCCCAGUUCACCAUCAAAGACAUCCUCGACGCUAUCCCCAAACACUGCUUCGAACGCUCCUUCUUCCGCUCCUUCGCCCACGUCCUCCGCGACUUUGUCUACAUCGCCCUCCUCUUCUACGCCGCCACCCACAUCCAGUACAUCGACUCCCUUGCCCUCCGCGUCCUCUGCUGGGCCGCCUAUGGCUUCGUCCAGGGCAUGGUCGGCACCGGUCUCUGGGUUCUAGCCCACGAGUGCGGCCACGGCGCCUUCUCCACCUCCCGCUUCGCAAACGACACCGUCGGCUGGGUCCUCCACUCCGCCCUCUUCGUCCCCUACCACUCCUGGCGCAUCUCCCACUCGAAGCACCACAAGGCCACCGGCCAUCUCUCCCGCGACAUGGUCUUCGUCCCAAAGUCCCAGGAGACCUACCUCAUCUCCCGCGACCUCUCCGAGCUCACCGAGGAGGCCCCCAUCGCCUCCCUCUACUGGCUCUUCGUCCAGCAGCUCUUUGGCUGGCCCACCUACCUCCUCACCAACGUCACCGGCCAAAAGUACCCCUCCGUGGCCAAGUGGCAGAUCAACCACUACUGGCCCAACGCGCCAAUCUUUGACGCCAAGGACUUUUGGGACAUCAUCAUCUCCGACCUCGGCAUCCUCACCGCCUCUGCUGUCUCGUACUUUGCCAUCCAGAAGUUCGGCAUCGUCAACUACGCGCUCUACUACUUCAUGCCCUACCUCUGGGUCAACCACUGGCUCGUCUGCAUCACCUAUCUCCAGCACACCGACCCCUCCCUCCCCCACUACGAGGCCUCGGAGUGGAACUUUGCCCGUGGCGCAGCCGCCACCAUCGACCGUGGCUUCCUCGGACCCAUCGGCCGCCAUGUCUUCCACGAGAUUAUCGAGACCCACGUCGCGCACCACUACUCGAGCCGCAUCCCUUUCUACCAUGCCGAGGAGGCCACGCAGGCCAUCCGCAAGGUCAUGGGCAGCCACUACCGCGUCGACCGCACAAACGUCCUUCUCGCGCUGUGGAAGGUCUGCCGUACUUGCCAGUUUGUCGAGGGCGACGGCGUUAAAAUGUACCGUAACGGAAACGGUAUCGGAGUGAAGCCGCAGGAGCUCGAGAGCAAGAAGAGGGCGUAGACGUCUCUUGACUUCUCUGCACUAUACAUAUACACUCUACAUUAUACAUCUACUCGGCUUAUGUUCUCAUGCGAUAUCAAUAGAAAUACAUCAAAUAUCUUGAUACAUACAUAAU